ACCUAGUGUUCCGGUAGUCUUCGGAAAAACAGGAAAACAAUGGUGGUCUGCUCAGAGUAAUCAAAGAGUUUGUUGUAUGUCUUUAGAGUGACACUUUUACUUAGCUUCAAAGAGAUACGAGGCUCGACUAAAGUACGAUUCAAUGAAAACAGUCGCCGAGCAGAUUUUUACGUGACAGCCGGGCCAUUUCCGUUCAUUUUACCAUAACGGCAUAAGUAGGUGCGCACGCAGAAUAAUCAGGUGCGCGUUAAGUGUGGAAAUGUACCGCGGCGCUGCAAAGUUGCCACAGUAGAGGUACACGCAAACUUUGCAUUCCACUGAAGACGGCGGUGGGGGGGAGAUGGCGCGGCGGUGCGACAGUGCCACGUCUGCUUUCCGCGCAGAAAUGAAGACAUACACCCGUGGAGUGGCCGCGGUGUUCCUAAUAAGCCAAUGCCUGCUGUUCGCCUCCACUGCGGAGGCCGGACUCUACACGGCGUCCGACCAACUUAUCCUGCUCUCUCCGGACAACGUCAAGACAGUUUUGGUGAACUCCAGCACGACUGUGGUGGUGGAGUUCUUCGCGUCGUGGUGCGGACACUGCAUCGCCUUCUCGCCGGUUUACAAAAGGCUGGCAAGAGACAUUAAAGAGUGGAAGCCUGCAGUGGACCUGGCAGCUAUCGACUGUGCUGAUGAAGAGAGCAGGAAGGUCUGCACAGGCUUCGGAAUCAGGGGAUAUCCAACUUUAAAGUUCUUCCAUGCCUACAGCCGGGAGGAUUCUGUUGGACAGGCAUUCAAAGGCUUUCCUCGUGAUGUCCGAGGUCUCCGACACCAAAUCAUUGAUAAACUGGAAAGUCACCAAGAGCCAUGGCCCCCAGCCUGCCCCCCACUGGAGCCUACAAGCCAAGCUGAAAUCGACAUCUUUUUGGAGACAAACAACGUCCAACAUCUCGCCUUGAUCUUUGAGGAUGUUAGCUCCUACAUCGGCAGAGAGGUGACCUUGGACUUACUGCAGUACGAGAACAUUGCAGUGCGCAGGGUCCUGAAAACUGAGGAAGACCUUGUGACCAAAAUGGGAGUAACCGAUUUUCCGUCCUGUUACCUUUAUUACCCCGGCGGAAACUUCACCAGACUCAAAGUCAAAAUAGAGGUCCGUACUAUUUACUUUUACGCCCUCAAGAGGCUUCCUGGUGUUGUGCGUUCAGGAAAGCCCCCGCCGGUUACCCCAGAACUCGUCAGCAAACAGACUGAGGAGCCCUGGAGACACUUCAACAGGUCCAGGGUGUAUAUGGCUGACCUGGAGUCGACGCUGCACUACUCUCUGCGAGUGGAGCUGGCUGCUCAUCACGUCAUCACUGGAGAGGCGCUGACUUCUCUCCGAAAGUACAUCGCUGUCCUGGCAGAGUACUUCCCGGGCCGCCCAAUCCUGAUGAACCUGUUAAAGUCCCUUAAUUUGUGGCUCCACAACCAAGCUGGUGACCAGGUGUCCUAUCAGGCGUUCAUGGAAAUCCUAGAAAAUUCAGGACAGGUUCCAGACGCUGCAUUGCCUGAAGGAGUGAGGUGGGUGGGCUGCCAAGGGUCACAACCACACUUCAGACGUUAUCCUUGUGGUGUGUGGACUUUGUUCCAUCUGCUUACGGUCCAGGCCAAGAAGUCUGCCGGCUCAGAUCCCCAGGAGGUGCUAAGAGCGAUGAAAGGCUAUAUCCACAACUUUUUUGGUUGCAGGGCAUGUGCCGAACACUUUGAGAACAUGGCUAAGGAGAGCCUGAACGAGGUGAACACGUAUUCUGCCGCCAUCCUUUGGCUUUGGUCCAGACACAAUCGUGUCAACAACAGAAUAGCAGGUGCUUUGAGUGAGGACCCCAACUUCCCAAAGAUCCAGUGGCCGUCGCCAGACUUGUGUGAAGCCUGCCAUUCUGUCAAGGAUGACGGAGAUCACAGGUGGAACAAUGAGCAGGUUCUCCCCUUCCUCCAGGCGUACUUCUCAGCCGAACACAUCCUCACAGACUACCUGGAAGAUGAAAGCGUAGUUCUGGCCAAACAGAAGGAAAAACGUGUCAGCCUGCAGCAACUUUUAGAGGCUCAGAAGCGUGCUGACCGGAAAGCCAGGGACGCCAUCGCCGCUCGGACUCUUCCUCCUCCAACACGAGCUGCCUUGCAAGAGGAGGAGGAGGAGGAAGAAGAAGACAAUGAAGAGGAGGAAGGUGUGGAUGGAGGAAUGCAGAAGGAAGGUAAGAUCCUGCAGCCGACAACCUGGGCCCGAGUAGAACCAAAGCUCGGUCCAGAUGGGCGUCAUAACCACAGGAAGCCGAGCAUCGUGGGGAUGAAGAUGCGGGACCUGCAGGAUGACAUCGUGGACCUGGACCUGUUUGUCAAUCAACACUAUAAAGCCAAAGGCAAGCAGGUGGCCACCUCCAGUCGCAUCAAACAGCGCACCCUGCAGAGGAACCAGGAAGAACAAGACUUCGGACCGGUAUUUGGGCUCGGCAUGGAAUUGGACGGCGGGCUCGGCAUGAUGGGCCUGCAGCCCUUGGAGCCAGACUUCGCUCCCAACAUGAGGAUGCACAUGCAAAAGCGAGAACUGACGGGACGACGCGAGGAGGCCGAUCCGGGCCAGAGAGGCCACUGGUUGUCCACGCUGAACAUGGGUUUCUCCAGAGUGGACAUCAGCCUGUGCGUCAUCCUCUACUUCCUGUCCUCCAUGUGUCUCCUGGCCAUGUACCUCUUCUUCAAGACACGUCUCAGACUGAGGCGAGCCAAAGUGUCACUGCCCUGAUCCAAGGUGUGUUCUGGUUAGCGUUAAAGGGGAUGUGUCGGGAUUAGCUCGGCCCACUUAAUUGCUUCCUAUACUCGAGUUCUCGCUGGUCACCUGCUGGUCUGGUUCUGCUGCUCAGGUCAGUUGUGGUACACUGGUUGUAGAGCUUGUAACCCCACUGAAGCAAAUGGAUGUUUAUUUUAGAAGGUGGACCUGAUGAAGGGUAAUUCACUUUUCAUAACUUUUGACAUUACAUGAAGGACGUUUUUUUUAACACAUUUGCUGUGAAUCAAACUACUAGAAAUUCUCUACUGUGAUUUCCAUGAAGAACUUUGACUUUUUUUUUUUUUUUUAAGUUUUGCAACAGUUUAACAGGUUUAUAAUAUGAAGUCAUGAAACCAAUAAAAGUGGGCUAUUUUUGUUACAGCUCAUGUUGUGGAGCUGAUUGGUUGUACUGUACCUAAAGUGGCGAGGUGUGUGUAAAUAUUUCAAAACUACCCAGAAAAGUGAUUCCUAACCAUUCAAAUUAAUCGUGACUUGUGUUGAUUAUUUGAAGAUUAUAUUUUUUUUAUGAUCCACUGAUGCUGUGAGACGAUGACGUCAUCCUGCUGAGACGUAAAGAUGGCUGCAGAUUUUUAAUAAACUCGCAUGGCAGUUUA